GUUAAAUGCAAAAUGUUUGUUAAAAUUGUUUUGAAACGAAAAUUUUAUAUUGACAAAUUGCGUAAAUAUCUAUUAAGAAAGAAUAUUUUUUAAAGUGAUUCGUGUUAAUAUUGCAAAAGUUAUAAAGUUUAUCGGCACAAAAAUCCGUUCCAGCAAUUUUAUUUUAUAUAAAUGAUGAAAAUAAUAGCAUUGUAACACAGUUUACAAUGUUUACAAUUUUAUUAUUGUCGUUAUGCAUUCUGACAAACAACGUGCUUACAAAUUAUAUAGAAGAUUCAAAACUUGUACUGAAAGAUGUUAUUAAACAAUAUGGUUAUCCUUUAGAAGAACACGAAAUCAUAACGUCGGAUGGAUACAUCCUAACCACCCAUAGAAUAAAACAUGGAAAAAAUGGAAACAUCACAAAUAAAAAUCCCAUAUUAUUGGGACAUGGUUUGGGCGUGACAUCAGAAAUAUUUUUGGCUUUAGGUAACACAUCCUUACCAUAUUAUCUAGCAGAUAAUGGCUACGACGUUUGGAUGAUGAAUGCUCGAGGGAAUUAUUUUUCCAGAAAUCAUACCCAUCUUAAUCCUGAUACUGAUAAAAGGUUUUGGAAUUUUCGUAUAGAUGAAAUAGCUUGUAUCGAUUUACCAACAAAUAUUGACUACAUUCUGAAUAUAACAGAAGAAAAAGCUCUAUUUUAUAUCGGGCAUUCUCAAGGAACAACAACAUUUUUCAUGUUGACCAGUGCUAUGCCAGAAUACAACAAAAAAAUUAAACUGAGUGUUAGUAUGGGACCUUCUGUGUAUUAUAUAUUUAAUGAAAAUGUAUACGACCUUCUUACAUUGGGAGGACAAUUAUUGAAUAUUAUAGAGGGACUAAAUAUAUUGGAGCUUGGUAAUGAUAUGAUACGCACAUUCCUUAGAGAAAUGUGUACGAAACAAUUCGAAGCACGUUGUGUGGAAAUGUUUGAAUUCGUUGCAAACGCAGAAUUCAAAUUUGAUACGAAAAUUUUUCAUUGGGUACUGCGUACCACACCUUCUGGUCUAUCAAUUUAUCAGUUUAGGCAAUCUAUACAAUUAGCAACAAGUGGAUUUAGAUACUAUGAUUAUGGAGGGAAAGGAAAUCUGAAAAAAUAUAAUUCUAGACGUCCUCCAGAAUUUAACCUAACAAAUUCAAGGGCACUAUCGGCUUUGUUCUACUCAGAUGGAGACUGGAUAACAUCACCGGAGGCAGUUCGUGUUUUGGGGAAAAAUCUCCCAAAUGUAAUUAAUUAUAAAGUACCCCUCAAGGAAUUUACUCAUUUUGACUUUCUUAUUCACCUUGAUGUUAUUAAAUUGGUAUAUUUACCAAUGAUCAAUUUAAUGAAAAAAUAUAAUAUAUAAAAAUAAUUGUUAUGGA